AACAAAAAUGGCGAGGGGCUGCGAUGGAGCCGGGCUGCCUGUGAAGCGGCAUUGACCCCUCCCCCGCCACCUUUCCUCUGCCGCGCCGCGGGGAUCCGUGCUCGGAGGGGUCCCGCUGCACACCGAGGGCCCGGCUGCAACGGUGCGCCACGGAGAGGCUCCUGAGCUGGCCGAUUUCCCUUGUAUGAGGCGGUUGGCACCACUGGAGAGACCGAAUGAGAGACUCUACAGCAGUGGGUAAUUCACUGGUCCAUAAGCGGUCUCCUUUACGCCGAAGCCAUAAAACCUCAGCAUCUCUGACCAAGCUGUCAUUACGUGAUGGACAGAAAACCCAAAAGCCACUGUGUAAAUUUGAAGAAGGUCAGGAUGUCCUAGCUAGAUGGUCAGAUGGCUUGUUUUAUCUUGGAACUAUCAAAAAGAUAAACAAACUGAAACAGAACUGCUUCAUUAUAUUUGAAGACAGCUCCAAAUCCUGGGUUCUCUGGAAGGACAUACAAACAGGAGCCUCUGAAAGUGGGGAAAUGGUCUGUACAAUAUGUCAGGAAGAGUAUUCAGAAGCACCAAAUGAAAUGGUUAUAUGUGAUAAAUGUGGGCAAGGAUAUCAUCAGUUGUGUCACACACCAAAUAUUGAUUCCAGCGUGAUUGAUUCAGAUGAUAAAUGGCUCUGUCGACAGUGUGUUUUUGCAACAACAACAAAGAGAGGUGGUGCGCUUAAGAAAGGACCAAAUGCCAAAGCACUGCAAGUCAUGAAACAAACAUUACCAUAUAAUGCAACAGACCUUGAGUGGGACGCGGGGCAUAAAACCAAUGUCCAGCAGUGUUACUGCUAUUGUGGAGGACCUGGAGACUGGUACCUAAAGAUGUUGCAGUGCUGCAAAUGUAAGCAGUGGUUUCAUGAGGCAUGUGUGCAGUGCCUCCAAAAGCCAAUGCUUUUUGGCGACAGAUACCCACCACCCAGAGACAUGUACAUAUAUGUAUAUGUUUUCAGGUUUUAUACGUUCAUUUGCUCAGUUUGCAGUUCUGGACCAGAAUACCUCAAACGUUUACCCUUGAGAUGGGUAGAUAUAGCACAUCUAUGCCUUUACAACCUAAGUGUUAUUCAUAAGAAGAAAUACUUUGAUUCAGAGCUUGAACUCAUGGCCUACAUUAAUGAAAACUGGGAUAGAUUGCAUCCUGGUGAGCUGGCAGAUACCCCAAAAUCUGAAAGAUAUGAGCACGUACUGGAGGCAUUAAAUGAUUACAAGACUAUGUUUAUGUCUGGAAAGGAAAUAAAGAAAAAGAAGCAUUUGUUUGGCUUGAGAAUUCGUGUUCCUCCUGUGCCACCGAAUGCUGCUUUAAAGGCUGAGAAAGAACCAGAAGGAACUUCUCAUGAGUUCAAAAUUAAAGGCAGAAAAUCAUCUAAGCCAUCAAUUCCUGAUGUGAGGGAAUUAAGUAAUGGUAUAGAAAGAAAGGGGAAAAAAAAAUCAGUAGGUCGUCCACCCGGUCCCUACACAAGAAAAAUGAUUCACAAAACUCCAGAGUCGUCUCCUCUGGAUAAUGAACCACUUCCAGUAAUGGAGAACUCAGCCUUGGAAUUACCCUGCAGUGUUGGGAAAUCUGAUGGAACUGCACAUUCAUCCAAUACCUCAGAUGUGGAAUCCACAGGUGCUGCCAGUAUGAAAGAAACUACCUCAUCUAGUAUUUCCAGACAUUAUAGUUUAUCUGAUUCGAGAAAAAGGACUCGUACAGGAAGAACUUGGCCUGCUGCAAUACCACACUUGAGGAGAAGAGGUCGCUUUCCACGAAAAGCACUCCAAACUCAAAAUUCAGAAAUUGUCAAAGAUGAUGAGAGCAAGGAAGAUUACCAGUAUGAUGAACUCAAUACAGAGAUACUUAACAACUUAGCAGAUCAGGAGUUACAGCUUAAUCACCUGAAGAACUCGAUUACUAGCUAUUUUGGUGCAGCAGGUAGAAUAGCUUGUGGGGAAAAAUACCGUGUUUUGGCUCGUCGGGUGACACUUGAUGGAAAGGUGCAGUAUCUGGUGGAGUGGGAAGGAGCAACUGCAUCCUGACUGUAGGACUGAACAUUAUGUUCACUGCACUGUCAUCUGUAAGUACAGUUCAUAAUGCAGAGCCACAAGAGAAAGCUAUCUUUAACUGUGUUUCUAAAAACAAAACCAGUUUAGCCUUAACGUGUAAUUGUUACCAUUACAACUCUUGUUAUAAAGACUUAUCUUUUUAAAAUCUGAUCUGAAACUUAAAUUUUUAAUCUGAACACUGUUAGAUGGUUUUAGGUUGGGUUAUUUGGGGUUACAAUUGCUUAAAAAUGUGCAUGGUGUUUUUAAAGAAAAAAAACAAAAAACAUUUUUCUAGAGAACAUUCCAUGGAUACAGUUAUUGUGAUUUAGAGAAAAUACUAUGUAGAUAGCACAAAUCUUUGAAAACUUUGUUUUGUUUUCUUACCCAAAUGUUUGCAGAAAUGUAUUUCUAUUUCAAUACUUUCUAGAUUUCGUAAGUGCAGUGUAUAUAAUGCCCACUGAAGACUGUAAAAUACUGAAGUUUUCCUUCAAACAAAAUGUAAAAGAAAAAAAAAAAGACAAAAUAUAUUGAGUCUGUAAAUUGCUCUGUGACCAGACUUCGUUGUCGUCUUAAUAUAUUCUUUGUGUGUGUGCAUGUGUGUGCAUAUAUACAUGUGGUGUAUUUAUGCACACACGUACUUGUGCGUGUAUAUAUGUGUGUGAUUGUGACCUAUGCAAUACAAAUUAUGGGAUUGGGCAGUUUGAGAGUACAUCCCAUAAUUCUUUAUUUCAGGAAUAGUUGCCAGUAUUUACACAACAGCAUUUCUUCUCAGGCUUAUUGGAUGCUGUUGCUUUCUACAUAUACUAAAGAGAAGUGUCAAAUCAGUGCAGCAUGUUCUGGCAAUGGGUGCAGUCAUUGACGUUCAUAAGUUCUGGGUAAUAUAUUCUGUUAUUUUCCAUGUGCAUUAACUGUUACAAAACAAUGAAGAAUCCAAACAUUUUGAAAUUAACUCUACUAGAAAGAACAGUUUAAAAGUUACUGUGGCACUCUGUAAAGUUUGUCCAAGUUAUAAACUAAGCUGAACAGGAUACACACAAGAUUCCUACGUCUCUGUUUAAUGAAUAUAGUAUGAACAAAGUGUGUUAUUGCACAGGGUCAACAAACAGUUUGUUGCCAUUUGAAGUAACUUUACUGAUUUUAUUGCAACAUUACCUCUUUUGUUUUUAUAAAAUGUUUCUAAGUUUGUAAGUUUCUUUCGUUUAAAAAAAAGGUUAAAAAAAAUCUCUUGCCAGUAUUAGGUGUUUUUUUUUUGUCUGCUACUUUUGAGGGAGUUUUAGCCAAAGAGUAAACAGAAGAAUAUUUUUGCUUUGGUGGUUAUUCGCUGUACUGCAUAGAGUAAUUUUCUUUACAUGCUUACAGGUUACCACAGAAUUGAAAUUUAUGUAACACUUGAAAAUGACCAAGUGGUUUGAAGUGUACUGCCUGAGUUAGUACUUGAUUCCAUUAUAUGAUUAUUUGACUUUUUCUGUUCAUCUUGAAAAGAUGAAUUUUUAUUCUUUUAACUCCUGUCACCUUAUAGCCAAAGGAAGCAGAGAGCUAUUUAUCCUUGCUUGGCUUAUGGCUAGCUGGGUAAUAUUAGCUUUAUAAAACUGCUAAUUGUAACUGCCACUUCUGUUUACCUUCACUAAAAUGUGUGAGAUUUUUUCCCUCACACCCUCAGCUAUUAAUUUAAUGUUGCCUUGCCUAUAGCUGCAAUAUUUUGAUAACACAGCAAAUUCAUGUUAAUUUUUGAAUGUUUAUAUCUUGGGAUAAUGCAAAAUGUAAAAGCCUUUGUAACCUUACUCACACCAUCUGUAUCUGUCUUUAUUGUUUCACUUUAUCCAAAUCCUUUAAUUCUAACUGAACACCAGCAGUAUUUUUCAUAUCAAAUUUCAUUUUAAGAUAAAUAUUGGAAUGUACUUGGGGACUUUAGUGUGGCACGGAAAUAUUUGUCAAAUUUAAUCUGUCCAUAGACAUAACUAUUGUGAAUGUUGUUUCAUUUUAUUAUGGUGGUUGACUUGACUCUGAUGUUCAGUUUGUAUUUUUGGAAUUGCUUUUUUCUUAGAAUUAAAAGACCAACAUUAAAUGUGUGUAUUUUUUGAGAGAGAAGAAUGAGUUUUGAUUCUAUGUUCUUGUGAAGUAUCUACUUGAUAAUUUUCUCCCAUGCCUUGUUUCUCUGUAACUUGUCUGUUAACUGUCCUGGAGACACUUGCUCUGUGCAUAAGACACCAACAAGUGUUCCAGCUGUGCUUGAGGGAUGUUUUUGUUUCAAGAUGUUGUGUACUGGUAAAUAAUGCAAUAGGGCUGCUGAAGGUACAGCUGGAGUAGUAACUGAAGCACACCUAAAAAUGCCUUUCUCUCACUUGUUUAUGAAUUGCAUUGUAUGUAGUAAUGAAGCAUCUAAAGGAAAAAAUCAAUUGUUGCUGUACCUAAUUAUUUAGUCUUGGUGUGGCUUGAUCAUUGUACGUAUGCAUGUGUGUGUAAAUACAUGUAAUUCAACAUUGUGGUCACUGAUUUAGACCCAUUUCUAUAUGUAUCAGAUUUAAUAUUUUUCCAUUAUAUAUUUGUAUGACAGUAGUAUUUGAGUAGAUGAAGUCUCUCUUGAGAUCACUCUAAAAAUUAAUGUUCACCACAUCAACAAGACAGCAAAGAAAUAAUGGCAUGUGUCUGAUCAGAAUUAUGAAGUAAUCUUCCUAGCAAACUACUUGUCAAAUAAGUGUUUUCAACAGAAACUUAAAGAGGAAUUAUGAAUAAAACCUGUGCUUUCUCAUGCGUAACAAACAGUGAGGCAUUUUGAGUGAGAUUGCAAAUGAGUUCUGCAAAAAUUGCUCAGUGUGAGCUAAAGUGAAAGGCAAUAUUUUGAUUUAACAUUAAGACAAAAAUAGAUCAAAAAGGAUUUGAAGGUGAAGAUGUGCAGUCACUUUUCUAGGAUUGGGGUGGGAGAAUAAGUGGAUGAAAAAAAAAGUUCAUACAUUUUGAACAGUUUACUAAAGCAAUUUUUAGUGUUAUGUUUUAAAAGGAAAUUGGUGAAUUGAGAUGGAACAUCCCAAAGCUGGAGACUGAGCAGUAGUCAGAACACAGUGAUAAGGAUGAACUGGACAGGAGCAUCAGCUGUGAGCAGAGGGAAGAGGAUUAAUUCUGCAAAUGAAUGCAGGUAAUACUUUCAGGCUUUAAAUCAUGUUAAUUCUCCAGUUCCUUUGCAUCUGCCUGAAUGAAAAGUUAUGCUGUAGGCAGGGUACAAUGGCAGAAAAAUGUUUUCUAGAAUUGGGUAAGUUUAGAACAGUGAGUUGUUGCCUCAGUGCAGAACUGAAGCUGAUGGCUAAACAUCUGUGUCACAUCCCGUUGAGAUCCUAGUCUGGUCAGAAUUUGAAGAAAAUAAUCUGAGUUGUCAAAGUUAGUAGAUACAUUUCUUACUGUAAGUUUGAUCAUCUACAGGUGAGGUAUUGCAAAGACUGCUUUGGUAGCCCCCGAGGAAAGUUGAAAGGGGAACGACCAUCUACAGACUAUAGUAGAGGACAGAAGUGGGGGGCAUAAGACCAAUACACGUAGAAAUUGUGCAUAGUCUGAGAAUUCCAUGCUUUUGCUGAUUUUUCACUUCUGUGGUUCAGCAACAAUAAAACAAUUUUGUUUCUAAUGACA